AUGCUCUGAAUGGCUCAUUAAAGUCAGAAAGGUUAACUUAGUUAACUUGUUCAUCAGUGUGAACUGUGGGCCUGCAUCUGGGUGCUGAAAAGUUGAAUGUCAGGUUCCAUUUUAGUCACUGCCAGUCUCAAACACUGAUGCAGAUGUUCAUCUGUUAAUCUGAUCUCAUUGGGCUUUUCAGCAGUUUCAUGUGUGAAAAGUUUUGCUUGCAGAUAUAUGUGCUGCCAAAAAGUGUGGACGUCUUCAUUGCGUUUUUUCUGAUGUUAGGGUACAUGUUGUUUCCUGGUGAAUUAGGCAGAGGAUUUGUAGCGGGGCGGCGAAAUCCCGUUCUUCCAUCUCCGAGUUCAUCCAUCCUAGUAGACCGCGAGAUGCACCCAACCAUACUCGGAGGUCCAUCAGUUGUGAUGCUGGUCAUCUUUGACCAGUCCAGGUCUAACUCUUCCAUAGUUUGGCGCACUUUGCUGAAAAUAUCCUCCCCCAUCGUGGUCCCUUUGAGACUUUGGAUGGCUGCCAGCUUCUUGCACAUCUGAGUUUGCGCUAACUCCACGAAUAUGCGCUAACUCCAUGAAUAAAAAUUACCAGUUGCGCUGUGUCCUGCACUUCCGUGCUCUCAUCCAGUGUUAAUGAAAAAAAAUUCAAAUUCUUUCAUCGUUCUGCUGCAGCUGGGCAUAUACAUUACCCGCGAUUUCUUCAAUGUAUCUGGUGAGUGUACUCGCUGAUAGACUCGCGCAGUAUUAAAGGUCUAAUCCAGAGGAUCUAUAUUUUAAUUAUAUAUCACAAACGUAGCUAAUUUUUCAUAAAAAAAAUAUGUAAAAAAAAUCUCAACACAACAGAAAUGAAAUAAAUUAGCACCAAAGUGCACAUAUUCUUUGUAAUCCGAAUGCCUCCGAUAUCUGUUUCAAACCGAGGGUCUGUUGAAGCUGCUUCCGUGUGAUGUCACGCCAAGACAAACCCAGUAAACACAAUGGCUUCCUACACAGAUAAUCAUACACGCUGCGAGUGGGAUCUAGAGGAGACAAGACAGCAGUGAUGAAAAAGUUUUUAUGGAAUGCUCUGUGGAAGAAAUAGGAACUGGAGAGGAGGAAUUGUCUUAUUCUUCCCUUGUUCGAAAAAUAUCCCAUGGAGGUGUAAUUCAACCAUAUAUGUUCGAAUCUGAGUUGAUAAAUGCAACACAAGGACAGGAUUCUGCAAGACCUGACGAAGUUGACGUGGAACUUCGCACCCAAAACACAGACUGGUUCAAAUCAAACACGUUUAAACAUCUGAUGCUGCUUGCACACAACAGUCUGUGUGUGGAGUCCCCCAAACUUACUGUGAAGCCCGGUCGUCACCUGAGGGGUCCAGAUUGGAAAACACUAUGAGGAUUACAGGACUUCAGACAAGUGAUGGCAUCCUUAAAGGCUGCUCGUUUCUGUCCUCAUUUCAUUCAGAAAAAGCCAUCACAACAGCAACGAUGGCCUUUAGUCUUCAAUUACUGUUUCUCUUGUGUGGCAUUAGUGGACUGUUCACUGGAACUUGGGCUUUCCCUUUAAAGAAAGAGCAGGAUUGCCAUCCAGGCUGGACUCAGUUGGACAACCGCUGUAUAAUCUUGAGAAAUGAGGAAUUAAAUUUCCCUCUUGCUGAGACAGUUUGCAACAUUCUUGGUGGAAACCUGGUUUCAAUCCACAAUAAUCUGGAAAAUGAAGUGGUUCGACACCUAAUUCUGGCUGGGGCUGGCUCUUUUCAGCGUUCUUGGAUUGGACUCCAUGACCGGGUUGAGGAUGGAGAAUUUUUAUGGACAGAUGGCUCACCUUUUGAUUUCGAUGACUGGGCGAAUAACCGGCCAAGAAUAAAUACAGAUCAAGACUGUGCAGAAAUAAACUUUCGAGAUGGACCCUGGAAUGACCUUCGGUGUGGUGCUCGAAGAUCCUUUGUGUGUGCCAAAAAUUUGAAACACCACUAACAGAAACAGACUGUGAAGUUUGUUUUUGUUUUUCUGUAAUGUGUUUUCCACUGAUUUGAUCACUCUUUAUAGAAAACAAUCAAUUGUUCACAAUGGGUAGGUUUCCUUUUACACCAUCUUGUGUGUCAUCGGGGUCAAAGAACACAGUUGAUAGGUGAAGCGUGAAGUAUUUUUCUCUUGUUAAUUCAUCUGAUUGGACUAAGGGUGGUGGUAACACACCAGAUGACGGAAUUGGAAACCUCUGUGAGUUUUACUCUAAGUCAAACAAACUUGGACACUGAAAGGCUUUCCAAUAAAUAUAACGAUCUCUUUAAGCAUGGGUUAAAUGUUUGCUUUUCUUUUCAAUCAGUCUAGCCAACCAUCUUCUUAACCGCUUAUCCUCACUGGGUUCGGGGGGGCUGGGUGCCGGAACCUAUCGCAGCAAUCUUUGGGCAGGAGGUGGGGUAAAUCCUGAACAGGUUGCCAGCCAAUCACAGGGCACAUUUAAACAAACAACAAUACGCCCUCGCAUUCACACCUACAGGUAAUUUAGAGUCUCCAGGAAUGCAUGAUUUUGUGAUGUGGAAUGAAACUGGAGUGCCUGAAGAAACACAGGCACAGGGAGAACAUGCAAACACCACACAAGUGUUAUGGGUUGAUCCCUUAUCUGUGUUAUCUAUGAUAUUGUUCGAUGUUUUUACCUGUGGCAGUCCAUGAUACCCUCUCGCUGUGUUACUUGUCCCCGGACUCCA